AUGUCUAAGAACAUGCAGACAUCAUCACUUGAAACGUAUUUCGACGAGAUAGAGGAGACUAACGGCGAUGAUGAAUGCAAGGCCUGGUUGAGUAGACUUUUCGAACGCCAAAGCUGAGCUAGCAACAUUUGUUGCUGCUCGCCGGGGAGGGGUUAGAGCCACAGAGUACGUUGGUUUCCUCAAGGGUUCCUUCAACUUCAGCUUCCGUUUCAAGUUCAGCGAUGGGGGCCCAGACGCCAUUAUUCGGUUCCCAAAGCCAGGACGCACAGCUGCGACCCUUAGAGACGAGAAGGUCGCGAACGAGGUCCAGGUCAUGGAGUAUCUCCGCCAACACACAACGAUUCCUAUCCCUCAUAUUCACAAUGGGGGUUUCACCGCCGAGAGCCCGCAACACUUUGGUCCGUAUAUCAUCAUGGAUUACGUUGAGGGGACACUUUUGUCGAAGGUCCUAAAGAAGCCGACGGAAAGCGAUCAAGAGGAUAUGGUCCUGGACCCAGACGUCGACAACUCAAUGUUGGACACAAUCUACCGUCAAGUCGCAGACUACCUUCUCCCACUUUCUCAGCUUUCAUUCACCCGCAUCGGAGCCAUCUCGAAAGAUGGUGGCACAUGGUCCGUUACCAAAAGACCACUCACUUACAAUAUGAAUGAGUUGGCCACCGUCGCAGGUUACCCAGAUGACCUCUUUCCGACCUCGACCUUCGAUCGCGCCGGCGACUACUUUGCAUCAGUCGCCCAUGAGCAUCUGACCCACCUCUGGACUCAGCGCAACCUCGCCGAUGACUCGGAAAUUGCUCAGGCUCGAUUUAUUGUCCGGCAUCGAUUCGUCCAGCUUACCGCGAAGUACUGCCUCAACGAUGCUGGACCAUUUCUCCUUUUCUGCGAUGACCUACGGCCUUCAAACAUGCUUGUCAAUCCAGCGACUUUUCAAAUCACAGCGGUACUCGAUUUUGAGUUCAUAAACGCUAUGCCGGCAUAGUUCUCGUAUGAUCCGCCUUGGUGGCUCCUGUUGUCUGGGCCAGAACUGUGGCUCGAUCGUCGCGGCAUAGAAGAGUUCCGGGACCUCUACGAGCCAAGAAUGGAGCAGUUUUUGCAGGCGUUAGAACUCGUGGAAGGCAUGCGGGUCUCAGAGGAGCAGACACUCACUGGCCCCCGUCUGUCCACCCAGAUGCGUCACUCGUAGAGGUCCGGUCGCUUCUAGUUUAACUAUGUAGCUAGGAAAAGUUUCGAUAUAGAUACUAUAUAUUGGGCUGCGCUAUAUGACGAGGGCACCGGCAUUAAGUUGCAUGACGAUAUAGCGCGCACAGAGCUAGAGCUAUUCAUAGAGAAGAAGAUGGCGCAGCUGAAGGCGUAUAAGGAGGAAUGCACUGUUCGUUUCUCCUAAGCAAGUGAAUGAAGCCCUCUGAGUUUUCUCGUGUUUAUUAUUAUCAGGCGACCCUGCGCCAUACAGUAUUG